UUUGGAAAUAAUGAUUUGAGUUGAGAAUGGAUGUGAAAUGGUGCAAAAGCUUCCAAGAUUUUCUUAUACAGAGACAAAGACAAUUCCUUAGAAAAAUACAAAAGAAGAGACGAAGGAAGUACACAAAACCAUUUGGUAUUCACGAGAGAGAGAGAGAGAAGAAUCAUGUGAAGAAAAAUUACCAAAGUUGUGGUGGAGAGAGAGAGAGAGAGAGAGAGACGGCAUCCUACUUAGAAGGGAAACAAACUCAACCUCCCAACACUACCCAUAUACAAACUUCCACCUCAACAUUACCAAACUCGCCUCUCUCUCUCUCUCUCUCUCUCUCUCUCUCUCUCUCUCUCUCUCUCUCUCUCUCUCUUUUGCAUUGCUUUGUGCUCAUGGAAGUUAACACCAUUGCUGCUGCUGCAUCUGCAGGGCCAAUAGGCCUUGCUGCAGAAAACCAGACUCACAAACAUCAUCAUUCACAUUCUCAACUCUACAGCCACCAUCACCACCAUGGCAUUUUUCCUUCAAAAUCUGUUCUCAUUAUCAUCAUAUCAACCAUUUCAGUAAUGGUCCUCCUUGCUAUAAUCUUUAUCAUAUUAAUGCUUCGCCGUGUCGUCAAGUCCACCAAAAACAAUGGCAAUAUUUACAAAGAGAGCAGCAUCAUGAACAACACAAGUAGCAGGUUCAUUGCUCAAACCACAGUGGCCUUUAAUUCUAGCCCAGAUGUGAAGGGUGGGUGCCUCCAAGGAGGGAACUCUGGAAGGUCAAUUAGGACACCUAUAGUCACAGCAGCAAGCAGACACAAAGGAGUUCAAGUGUUCUCAUACAAAGAACUUGAGGAAGCCACUGAUGGAUUUAGCGAAGCAAAUGUGAUAGGGCAUGGUGGGUUUGGAGUUGUGUAUAGGGGGGUCCUCAGAGAUGGGACUGAGGCAGCAAUUAAGAUGCUGCACAGGGAAGGAAGGCAAGGAGAGCGUUCCUUCAGGGUUGAGGUGGAUCUGCUAAGCCGAUUGCACUCUCCAUACUGGGUGGAGCUGCUUGGUUAUUGUGCUGACCAGCACCAUAGGCUCCUCAUAUUUGAAUGCAUGCCUAAUGGUACUCUGCAACACCAUCUACAUUCUACAAACAAACAUCAGCCGUUGGAUUGGGGGACCCGAUUGAGGAUAGCUCUUGAUUGUGCUAAGGCCCUUGAGUUCCUCCAUGAGCAUGCCAUCCCAUCUGUUAUACACCGGGACUUCAAGUGCACCAAUGUUCUGUUAGAUCAAAACUUUCAUGCCAAGGUAUCUGAUUUUGGAUUGGCCAAGAUGGGUUCUGAUAAAAUCAACGGUCAGAUUUCGACGCGUGUGCUGGGGACCACAGGAUAUCUGGCACCAGAGUAUGCCUCAACAGGAAAGCUUACUACAAAAUCAGACGUAUACAGCUACGGGGUGGUUCUUUUAGAGCUCUUAACAGGGCGUGUGCCGGUAGACACCAAACGGCCUCCCGGAGAGCAUGUCCUUGUCUCAUGGGCUCUUCCAAGGUUAACUAACAGAGAAAAAGUAAUGGAAAUGGUUGACCCAGCUCUACAGGGGCAAUUCUCAAAGAGGGAUCUAAUUCAGAUAGCAGCUAUUGCAGCAAUGUGUGUGCAGCCAGAAGCUGAAUAUCGGCCUCUAAUGACUGAUGUUGUGCCUUCUCUAAUUCCUCUGGUUAAAAACUCCAGCUCUUCUUUUUCCUCUAGAUUUCAGAAUCAUAUAACAAGUCCAAGGUAUUAGAAGCUAUGUGAAAACAGCAACUUGAAGUAAACCGUUCAGAUAUCUGAUCAGCCUUUGGCAAUAAUUCUUCUCACCGAAAACAUGUCAAGUUUUCAUAAAUAUAGUGAAAAGUGAAAAACCAAUGGUCAAUAAUAAAUUGAGUUUCAGUAAAGCUGACUCAUAAAGGUGAAAUUAAUGUUUCAUGUGCUUCAAACUUCACACAUCACAUGGGAAAAUACCAACAUUAGAAACAGCCCUUUCUUUCGAUUCUCAGUCAGAACUUUAACAAGCAGACGAUCGAGCAGCAAAUGCAAAGAUGUUACAAAGAGGAUAUGCAUUGUUAAUUAGCUGUGAUUAUCUCCUGUAUGCAAAGCCUUUGAUUUGAACACCAUUGCUUUUGUUGUAAAUUAAGAAUUGAUAAAGCUGUAACCUUUUUUGGUUGCCAUCAAAGAUAAUUUAGUCAUGAAAGAGAAAGUUACCAUC